GUCUGCACGGACGUAGUACGUCCGGUCAGCUGCUGAAUCAGGAAGUAAAUAACAAGAGCUGAACAAGAGGCAAGAUAACGGAAAAAGGUCCACUUUCACAAAUGGUGUCUCUGAUUUGCACUUUACAACACCAUAGAGAUGAUGUCAACUGGUGUGCGUUUUCAGCCACUCUGUUAGCAACCUGCUCUGGGGACAAAACACUGAGAAUAUACAACACCAAGGACUUCUCCGAGCUGCCCUUCUCCCCACUCACAGGACAUGGCUACGGUGUGCACUGCUGUUGCUUUAGCCCUUGUGGUCAGUUCCUUGCCUCGUGUUCGACCGAUGCCACCGUGGUGAUCUGGUCCAUGGUUUCCGGGGAAAUUGAGGCAGUUUUGGAGCAUCCGGGACGCAGCCCAGUGCGAGUCUGUGCCCUGUCCCCAGACUCCACUCACCUGGUUUCUGGAGCUUCAGAUGGGUCCUUGGCUCUGUGGGACUUUCCAUCCAGACAACGUCGCAGGACCGGAGCAGUGCCAGACACAACAAUGGUAGCCUGUUCGUUCAGCCCCUGCAGUCAGCUCUUUGUGACGGGGUCGACUUAUGGAGACCUUCGCCUCUGGGACUUGAACAUGAACCAGCUCCACGCUGAGAAAAAUGCACACGACCUGGGAGUCAGCUGCUGCACUUUCUCCCCAGACAUCCACAGUGGGGGUCAGGUGGUGCAGUUUCGCCUUGCGUCCUGUGGUCAGGACAGUCUUCUGAAAAUCUGGGCCAUCAACAAACUCAGCGGUGGAGCCUACAAAAUGCAGUUACUUCAUUCUCUCACUGGUCAGUCUGCUCCAGUGCUUUCUUGUGCAUACUCUGCUGAUGGACAACUGCUUGUCUCUGGAUCUGUGGAUAAAACAGUGGCAGUCUAUGAUGCUACAAAUGCCACUUUACUUUACAUCUUGAAUCAACAUGACAGAUAUGUGACUGCAUGUUCUUUCUCACCAACUUCUCCCAUCAUUGCCACUGGAUCCAUGGAUAAAACUGUAAACAUCUGGAGGGUGGAGGAUGGAUGCAGUGGGCAAGAGGGGAAGUCGUUAAAUGCUGAGACUACUGUUAUAUCAAAUCAAGGGAGGGCGUCUUUGGGCCCAUCCAAGCUGCUGGUCAGUGAUUGGUCAGAGGAGGAUGUGUCUUUGUGGUUGGGGGAGGAAGGCCUGGAGGGAUUGGUGGAAACUUUUAAGUCCAAUAACAUCGACGGCACAGAGCUGCUCAGCCUCACCAAGGAAACGCUGUCGUCAGAGCUGCACAUAGAGUCAGUGGGGCUGCGGAGUAAACUGCUGAGGAAAAUAGAGGAGCUGAAGAGUGCGAGCGUGUGCACAGGAGUCCCAGAUGAGUUUCUGUGUCCAAUCACACGGGAGCUCAUGAAAGACCCAGUCAUUGCUGCCGAUGGAUAUUCGUAUGAAAGAGAGGCCAUCGAGAGCUGGAUCAAUACUAAGAACCGGUCAAGCCCCAUGACGAACCUGCCCUUACUGACCACUCUCCUCACCCCAAAUACACUCAAGAUGGCCAUUGGACGCUGGAAAACUACACACUAACUGCCAAAGAAACAGACAGGAGUUCAUUUGCAAAAAACAAUAUCGCUGUUUUGAAAAUGUCUUCUAUUUUAUUCAUUUUUUUUACCAUCUUCUCCAUAUAUUGGGCCUAUAUUGCACUAUUUUCUGAUCUAUGUUAUAAUGUUGUU